GCCUAACUGCGUCAACAGCCCCCAUCUCCCUUCCUUCUUACUCCUUUUUUUUUGAGCUGCUCCAGAAUGGGCUCAGGGAGAACCCUAAAGUUCGCCCUGUGCGAGGUGCUGCAGUUUGCGGGCCUGUGUGUUCCGCUCUUCAUCAUCAUGCAGAGGUUUGCAGUCAUCGUAGCGAGAGUGAAAACCUCGGCGAAGCCUCCCGGAGACAGCGGCACGGCCUACUGGUUGAUCGUGGCCUCCUCCAUUGCCUAUGUCACCUCCACUGCCCUGCUGGUCUGGGUUCCUGUGAAGUACAUGGUCUUUAUGAAAAAGAAGUUUCUCGUUGGGAGGAAGAAGUGGAGGCCUGUGGCACUUGUUUACGUGGUGCUGUCCACAUUACCCUGCUUUGCCUUCCUCAUCGCCAGCUCUGAGGUUCAAAUAAAUAACAACAUGAAGUUUGACAUGUUCACCGAGCUCCCGGUAUCACUCGUCCUCUUCUCUCUCAUCUGCAUUGACGUUGUGGAGAGGAUACGCCAAUGCAGACUGACUGGCCAGGCUAAUAAUGUGGAGGGAGAUGCUGAAAUUCCCUCUGCUGUCCUCACACACGUGGAGCAGGUGGCACCAGUAGCACCCAUCACUCCAGCCGUUCCCGGGCCAGCUGCGCCCAGGCAAGCUGUUCCUGCUCCGAUACAACCAGGAGCAAAUCAUUUCGGUGACAGAAACCUGAACGGAGGGGUCACUCGGCCAGAGACCAACGGGACAGUGCCUGGGAUACCAGGCAAUCCUGGAAGACCGUUCAAUGCCUCUGGACUGAGUCCACAAUCAGCAUACCACAUGUCUCCGUACGCUUACACAGGUCCACUAAGAUUUCUGUGUGCCAGUGACGCCCGGGCGGAGGUGAUUGUGGACAGUUUCAUGUUCUGGAUGGAUACAGUUGAGAUGGUGCGAGUGGCAGGACACCCACUUGUGUACUAUUCAGGCUGGGUCUUCCCCAUCUAUAUCUUCAGCUACCUGUCCUGCCUACGUGUGGUGGUCAUGCCCCAUAGCCCCCUGCUUUCUUCACUCGGAGUGGCUCUGCAGGACUUGCCCUUUUUCUUUGUGCGCGUUGGCCUCGUUGCCUUCUUUGGUUUUGUCACCCCCCUCGUGUAUCUGUUGAAGAACCUGCUGGUGUGCCUGGCCUUCGUCUAUUUCAACUUCAUGACCAAGUUAAGAGUCUUCAACACAGAGAGGAUGUUCUUAUGAACCCGACAUUUCAAGCUGAGACAUUUCAACAUUGGGUUGGAACGAUGAGGAUCUGAAGGAUCAAGCACCUUCGUGUUUAAGAUCUUUAAUUCACCCUUUAAUUGUUACCAUGAAUAUUAAAACAUGGUCAUUUUUACCAUGAUGGACAUUUAAAAUGUACAUUUUUGUUCAACCACCUUUCUUUCCACCAUCAUUAAGUGCAGUGACUAUAUAAAAAAGCAUACAUCCGUGUUUUAAAUAUUAGACUUUUCUUUCAUAUGUUAUAAUUUAAAAAGAGAAACAACAUUGUGAGAUUUUAUCACUGAUACAUUUGUGUUUACACCAUUUUAAUCACGUGUAAAGGUUUUACUGACGUUAACUGAAGGUGGUUUUUGACCUUUCUCGUUGGAAUUUAUCCCAUUUCUUCCCGAUGAGUCCCCAGGAGAAAAGCUUUCCUGUCAUUAUUGUAGAAAACAUUUGAAUACCUUCCUUUCCUGUAAUCCUGCAGCAACAUGGAGAUUUACAGAUGAUUUUCCGGGAGAGCGAGAAAUGGUACAACUGCAAAAACUACAUUACUUCUAGGGGUUAUGUUGUUUGGCAUUGUUCAUAUUUGCAUGACUUGGAUCCAAAACAGCAAAUAUUUAAGGUCUACCACUGAUUUAUUGCAAAUAAAUGUAUCAGUUCAUUCAUCAAAAUGCAAAAUACAUGUUUUUACUUACUUUACAAUCAGAGAAGGCGGUGUAAACUCUCCCCUUAUAGUUUUAUAAAAUGUUUAAAAAAAGGAAGAACAAGAUAGCUAUACACGAUUAAAACUGUUAAACAGGAACUAAUGGUGGAAAAAACUGGGCAGCCCCCGACCCAUAGGAUAAAUGGAGAUUUUUGGAUCCAGAAAUAAAUGCCUUUUUGAUCUGAA